AUGACUGGCGAAGAUGUGGAGCAACUGACGCAGCAGAGCAUGGCCAUCCGCAACCCUGAAAACUCGAAGAGCGCCAAAGCAAAAGCGCCCAAGGCCAAAGCCAAGGCGGAGGCUGCGCCAAAAGCCGCUGUCAAGGUGAAGGUCAAAGAGGAGCCUGCAAAGCCACCCAGCGAGCCCAAGCCGUCGAAGAAGCGACCCAAAACCACCAAUGGCAAGCUGGAUCCAGACACAUACCUGCCGGCCGGAUGGGAGACCGUGGAGAAGGCAUACAAAACCGGCGGCAGCGUCGGCAAGACAUAUAUCCGCUUCCAGAAAGUCAACGGUGGCGGUGCAAUCUGCUGCACAAUCAACCAGGUUCUGAAACGGCAUCUGGAAGACACUGGUGAAGAUCUUACGGCGCAGUACCUAGAAAUGAGAGACAAGAAAGAACACGAGAAGGCCCAACGCCGAAGAGAAGAAUCGGAAAAGAACAAAGAGAUGAAGAAGCAAAAGCGUGAAGAGUACAUCGAAAAUUUUCGUGCUGUGUACGGUGCCCUUACUGGACCACUGGUCAUGGCUUUGCCGGGCUGGAGCGGUGAGGCGAAGCAUCAAGUUAACUGCGGACAACUCUGCUCUUCCUACUACGACCCGGAAGGCCGUUCCUGGAAGCUUCUCAAAGACAUCGAGGCACACUUCGGGAUGCUGAUGGAACAGGGCAAGCAGGAUACAUUUCCAGACUUCGAUGCGGCUCGCGAUUCCCAGGCCACCGACGAGAAUGGCAGAGUCAUCAACAUCGCGAGGCAGCAGAACCAAGUAGAAGCAUGGACGCGGGAGCAAAAGAAGCCUGGAGAGGAGAAGCUCAGGAGGCGAAAGAAGGAGUUGAAGAUGGUGGACUAUGGCCACUAUAGAGAAACCAGCCAUAUGAAGCUCUUCGACGUUUCCAAGAUGACCGAGAAAGCGAUGGAGCAAGAAAGGCUGCCGGACGGGCCAACUCUCCAGAAAGAGGCUCAAAAGCUCCUGCAGCUGCUGAUCCAGCGGGGAUUUCCCGAGACCACGCAGAUCCUCUAUAUGCGGGGCACCUUCAAGAAGGCUGCGGGAUCGAAGCUGAUUAAUGCUAUGGCGGGAUGGUAUUUCAGGAAGCCCUUUGAGGUGGCCGAUCGGUCCUGUUACCAGCGCGUCAGACUUAUUGGGGGAAGGCCCGUGUGCAGCGACGCUCAUGUGUUCUGGAGUGGUCACUACAGCCUCUGGAAGUUGGGAGCCUUGACAGACGACAAGGCCGGGAUGGCUAUCUGUCAAGGACAACACAAAGACGUGCAGAAGCUGACGGAGCACUGGAAGCUUUACGAAGUGGCCGCCAAGCCGCCCAGCUAUCGUCUGUCGUGGUUCCAGUCCACUCGGUCUUGCCGGUUUCGGUCAGUCAAGCUGCAGGCACGCACGAGGCUCGCGCUUUCGGAGGUCGUCAAUGAUCUGGACUUUAUGGUGGGAGGCGAAGCACUGCAAGAACAGCCAACGACGAACUCCGGACCCCCGGUUGUUUUGCCGGGGCCACGUGCUUCUGCUAGCACUGCCUUUCACAUGGGCGGCUAUCACAGAGCACAGGAUGAUGUUGAUCAGGCUGACGAUGAGGACGAGGUCAGUCAAGGCGGCAACGAGGUAGAGUCUACAGCGGAAUUCCUCUCUGGCGGACCUGACGUCCGCGUCCUCUUCAGCAUUCAGACGGCAGCGCACAACGUCGCGGCGAUCCGCGCUGCUGCGGAGACCUGGGCCUCCGCUGUGCCUCCCGGGCAGCUACAGGUGAUCGGCAUGAGCCAGCCGAAGCAUUGGGAGAUGCAGGGCAUGCUUUGGGACAAGUCCGACUGUCCCGAUACGCAUUCAGGGGGUGCGUGCAAGGAUUUCACAGCAUUGUCGAAUGCAUGGCAAAGUGGUUUCGACUGGGUGGUGCUUCUGGGUUCGGACAACUAUGCCAUGGCCAAGAACAUUAAGGCGGCGCUAGCUUCCAGGAGCCCUUCCACUGCAGAGGUCCUUGGUAUUCGUGGUUGUGGGAAGUGCAAGGCUGGUGGCCUUUGUGGAGGUGGAGGUCAGAUCUUUAGCCGUGGUGCAUUGGAAAAGAUGGUUGGACAGGGGAAAGAGUCCUACAUGAGGGAAUCCAUGAAGGAGGCAAACGCCUGUGGCAUGUGGGGUGACGUGUCAAACUGCCGGGUUGCGGCGGCACACCAUGUUCCCGUCCACGUGCCCGGGCAGAUUGAUGAGAUCCGUGCGCUCCAUGCCAUGGUCGCUUCCAACCACGAGUCCUUCUUCGAGAGCGGGUCUAUACAGAGUCUACAGGCACAGGGCUUGUCGAGAUGGUAUGUCCGCCGGGACCGAUACGUGGCCGAAGAGCAGGCGCGAAGACAGCGCGAGCUCGAAAUGCGGAGGACACAUUCCCCUGAAGGGCCACCAAAGAGCAUGACCGUUCGGCGAGAAAGCUUCUGA